AUGAAAAUUAAAGCCAAAAUCGUUCCGAACGGUAAUGCUAAAGACGAGUCUUUAGCCCAAAUUAUGAUGUUGAGGACGAAUAGGACGAUCAGCACAAAUCCACUUAGCAAACUUCCAGACAAAAACGACACUGUUCUCCAGGAAGCUCUUUGUCUGUGGGUGAACGUCUUGAAAGUGUGCCUUGAAGUCGCUCUUGACAGUUCUCAAGAACACGAUCGACACGGCCAGGGACACAAGGGAUGCAACAACCAUAGAGUUGACCAAAGCAAACCAGUGCAUUUUGCUGUCAUGGGAUGCUCCUCCAGGAGUUCUGAACAUCUUCCAUCUAUUUUCGUAAUUGACGUCCACCUCCUCACGCCAGUAGACAGAGUAUGUGAAAGGCACCACCACCUUGUCCUUAGCAUUUGGAUUAAUGGCAAAGUUGGCGUAAUUCUUGGAUGCACCAGGGCAGCGGAAAUCGGAAACAGACUUUGGAUAAACCUCAAAUCCGACAAUAGCCUUUUGGUCAGUCUUUCCGCUCUCUUUGUGCCAUCUAAUAACCAACAUAACAUGAUUAUGAAGGUAGCUAACUCCGUUCUCGACAAAACCAAGGGGAAAUCCAGCAACAUAGUACUUUUCGGACUUUUCUUUUCCCUUGGCAGGUUUGCUAAAAGUUGUGGCACCUGGGAGGCCAUCGAUGAUCCACUCGACCAUGUACUCGUUCUUGAUGAGUUCGUCUGCGCGCUUCAACCCGUUGGUUCUGAUCACUCUAUCACAAAGUCGCACACAGGGUUCAUCCUCCUGAAAUUUGAGAUGAGAAGAGGGCUUAAAACAAAUACAAACAAAAGUUGGAAGUUCCAUCUCUACACCAUGCGUGAAGGAAAAAAAAAAAUAACAAUUGGGUUAUUUUGUUACACCUCUGCACCAAAUUCAUUAAGCAUUCACAUGUUGUCUCAAGGAGACCAAAUAUUGGACCAGUUGCGCCAGUACGAUGCUCGCAAAUAUCUACUUCGAACGCAAUCCGACCUGGUCGAGGAGACGAUCGACUCGGACCUCGCAAGCAGCCUUGGUCGCAGCAAAAUAGACGAUUCGCAAGAGAUAGCCCGUCGCCACCGGUAUACCGCAUUAAAGAUCAAAGACGACCGUCCGAGGUAUGUCCCGCCUAUCAAUUUUGCUAUUGUGGAGGCCGAAUUGUAUCGGUCAGGUCAUCCCCAGCCGAACAACUUUGAGUUCCUGGAUACGCUCAAUUUAAAGACCAUCAUAUAUCUUGGAGACAAGACGGACAACUACGACUACUACAAGUGGAUAGCGGACCAUUCUGGCGAGCGAACGAUAAGUUUCCGGUUUUUCAAAAUGAAGCCGCCGUCUACGUUUGGCACGUCGCAUUUGUUCAACGACGAGGUGGCUUUGAACACGGUUUUGAAUCUGGUUGCGAAUAAAGAAAAUUACCCGAUUCUCAUCCACUCCAACAAGGGGAAACAUCGGGUCGGAGUGCUUGUUGGGCUGAUUCGCAAGUUUCUACAAGGGUGGAACUUGAGCGGGACGUUUGACGAGUACGCCAAGUUCGCAAGAGAGAAAGGUGAAGGAGACCUGGAGUUUAUUGAAAUGUUUAAACCGAUCGUCAAGAUCGAUGCUGACCGGAAACCGGAUUUCAUACGAACAGGAUAA